UUAGCUCUUCGGUUCCUUUCUCAUGGUGUCCAGUCAUGAUUUAAGUUUAUCAUAAUUUAGGCGUGCAACCCAAGGUCGGGAUGGGACGUGUAUUGCCUGAAAAUAACUCUUCAUUUUUAAAUAUGAACAGCUAAAACCCCUAUGCCUGCAGGGGGGGGGGGGCUUGUAAACAAAAUAAGACUGCAUGACUGGAUAAAAAGAACCUAGAACGAAUUUAAUAAUAGUUCUUCAUUUUAUCAACACCAAAUGUGGUUUCUACGAUCAUGAAUGAAAAUAAUCCUGGAUUCCCAUGGAUACAUCAUGCAUUUAUAAAAAGUAGCGAUGUAUCUGCAAAGCUGAAGAAAAUGUAAAAGUAAGGCUGGCAUGGUUCGUUCGCUUCUCUCAGUCUAAUCUGAGCAUGGAUACGCGCAACACAACCCACUCUCCGUCUGGUAUACAAUCUGAACCAAUCCAGGAGCGGUUAUCCGUUCAAACCAAAACUGGAGACAUUGGGAAUAUAUUCUUAGAAAGAAAUUCAAGUUCUAAAGAUUCUGGAUAUUUUACUUCAGCCAGUGAAAAAGAUUCGGGAUAUUUGACUGCCGCUUGUGAAAAAGAUGCUGAUUAUUGUACUCGAGACAAUGAAAAAGAUACCAGCUAUUAUACAGUACCCAGUGAAAACGAUUUUCAAUAUGGUAUUGCAUUUAAUGAUAUCGAAUUUUGUACUGAAUGUAGUGAAAAUGAGGCCACAAGAGAUAAUUGUACUGCGUCUAAUGCGAUAGAUCCUGGUUUCUGUACAGCUAGUAGUGUACAGGAUGGUGGGUACUGUGUAGCUAGUGUACAGGAUGGUGAGUACUGUACAGCUAGUAGUUUACAGGAGGCUGAUUAUAGUACUGUAAGAUCAAUAUCUGGAGAUUAUAAUUUUGCAUCUAUGGAUGAGGAUGAGGUGGAAAAUUCAUCUAUACCGGAUCUAGAUAAACAUCUCAGUGAUUGCUCCGGGAUGCCAGGAAUACUGAGAGAGAAGUCUGAGCUUGAAGGACGUUUAUCCCUGGAUUAUCGAAGACAAAGCCAGCUAAGCCUUCUUAGACAGGAGUUAGAAAAAAUAAUGGAGGAUAAGAUGAUAACUGUGAAAGAACUGGAGAAUCUUCUUCAAAAGCCCUGUUUCUCCAACCUUCUCUUCCAACUGUUUGAUUCAACAAAGAGUGGGUUCCUGGUUCAACAGGACUGGAUUGAUACUCUUAAAUCUUCAACACGGUUGUUGACGAGUAGAAAUGAUUUUGUUGAACUAGUUGAAGCUGUAACAUAUCUUAUAUCUGGAGAUAGCCCUGUAGACCCGGAUUCUUUUCACAAGAUAAUCUCGUGUCGAGGUGUAUCCCAGAAGAUAAUGAACAUGACGAAGACGGAGAAUGAGUCCUGCUCCGUGGAAGCUUUGAUGGAAACCAUGAUGAUGCUCACCUCCAGGAAUGAACGAGGUGAAUCUGAACUAGAGGAUUGUAUCUCUAGACUACGGAAAAUGUUUACAAAUGUUCUUGGUCCGGAUAAAUCUUUCUUUACUCUGGAUGAAUUCCGUCGAAUAAUCCCGUGCAAGGAUGAUUUCUUCGUAAGACGGAUAUUCUCUGUGUUUGACCGGGACGGGAGCGGGACGGUUUCUCUAGCAGAGAUGUUAGAAUGUGUUUCCAGGUUCUCGGUUCAGGAUAAUGAAACGAAAAUACAGUUUCUAUUCAAGAUCUAUGACGCUGAUAAUAAUGAACUUUUGACGGAGAAGGAAUAUGGAGAAGUUCUUAGAGCGUGUAUGAAAGAGAAUGAGAUGGAGUUUAAUGAGGAAGAGCUUGCCAACCUUACCAACGCAAUAUUCCAGGACGGAGUACAUGAAAAUGGAUCUGCCAUGACUUUAGAUGAUUUUAGAAACCAAAUGCUAAGAGAAGAGGGUUUGUUGAAUAAUCUAAGUUUAAUGUUUAACAAAUGGAUUCUACCUCCUCCUCCAAGAAAGAAGAAAACUAGAAUUGAAAUCAUGAAAGAGAAAUUCACAUUCAGACAUUUGAGCAGGGAUUACUGGACGAAUAAUAUCCCACUCAUCUCCUUCAUAACUUUCAUCAUCAUCAUAAACCUCAUCCUUUUCAUUCAGAGAGCUGUCUACUUUAAGGAUUUUAGUUCUUUAAGUGGAUUUACUCCGAACAUAUUCUAUAUGAUAUCAAGAGGAUGUGCGAGAGCAAUACUUUUUAACACCGUUCUUGUUUUAUUAUUAGUUCUCCGGUAUACAAUUUCUCUUCUAAGAAAGUUUGGGUUAGGAAAUAUUCUUCCCCUGGAUCAUAAUAUUUAUCUUCAUAAGAUAACUGGUACAUUAAUAUUCUUCCAGUCCCUCCUUCAUUCAAUCAUGCACUUAUGUAAUUUUGGAAUCAAUGUUCAACCUGAUCCGGUCAAAUUCAUCCAGCUCACAGGUACCUACUGGGAGGGGUGCUCAGAAAUGCUUGGAUACAACCCUCCUCCUGGUUGUGAAGUAGUUAGUGUCGACAGUAACUCCUCCUCUCUGUGCUCUAACCAGUCCCUGGAGAUACCUCCUGGCCUAACCCUUCCCACCAGUAUAUCAGUCUGCCAGAUAUGUCCGGAAGGUUCUCCAUAUACCUAUUAUGACUGGAUACUCACAACACGACCUGGAGUAUUCGGAUUGAUCGGAGGAGCAGCAAAUCCUACCGGAGUAGCUCUCAUGGUUUGCCUAACUAUCAUGUUUCUCUGCUCCCUCCCUGUAGUUAGAAGAAGUGGACAUUUUCAAGUUUUCUACUUCACCCAUAUGCUGUACUUCCUGUACUUUAUCCUCUUGAUAUUCCAUUGCCCGGAUUUUUGGAAGAUUUUACUCUGCCCGGCCAUUAUCUGGGCUGGAGAGGUCAUCUACAGACUCCUCUCUUCAUUCUUUGGGCACGGUCAAACCCAGAUCAGUGCCGGAGUUCUUCUACCUUCUCGUGUAACUAAUCUGAUUAUUAAACGACCUGAAGGGUUUAAAUUUUCUCCAGGAGACUGGGUUUUUAUCAAGAUUCCAUCUGUUUGUAAAACUGAAUGGCAUCCGUUCACAAUAUCCUCCGCUCCGGAGGUUGAAGGAGAGUUCACCUUGCAUAUCAGAGGCGUCGGAGGCUGGACAAACAAACUUUACAAAUUCUUCGAGGCCGAGCACGAUCGUCAAAACCGAGGCCUUCUCCGACCUUGUAGUAAUAUUGAUCAGUUCUACGGAUCUGUAAAGAGAAGGAUGACUAAAAGUAUAAAAACUAUUGCUAGAAAGAAUAAACCUGAAGUUGACGCAACCUUCAUGAAUAUAGCAAACAAAUAUGCUGUAGACGAGGAACGGCAGAAGCAGAGAAUGGCCAAGAGAGCGGAGAAGCUGAGAAAGAUGAGCCUGGAGAUGAAUAAUCAACAUUGGCAUGAUGAAUGCAAUGACCUUGUGAAUAGAUCUCUCCCUAGUGCCAGAUAUCUUAGUAUGAAGCAGAGAGUUAUCAGAUACGACACAGUUGAAAACUCUGAUAGUUCAGAAAACUCUAGUACCUGUGAUAAACAAGAGUUUAGUAGCAAUAACGACCUGGAGAAAGGUUUAAGUGAAACUAAGAUAAUAGGACGAACCACCAAACUCCAGAAGCCCCUGGAGAUAUAUGUAGACGGACCCUUUGGCUCUCCAUCUAGUAAUAUAUACAGAGCUGAGCAUGCAGUUCUCAUAGGUACUGGAAUAGGAGUCACACCCUUUGCCUCCAUCCUUCAAUCCAUUAUGCUGAGAUACUAUAGUGUUAAACAAACCUGUCCAAACUGUAAAUAUCAGUGGUCGGACAGGUUACACACAACUAUGCUCAAUCUGAGAAAAGUAGAUUUUUUCUGGAUAAACAGAGAUCAAAAAAGUUUUGAAUGGUUUGUAACCUUGCUCUCUAAACUAGAGCUGGAGCAGGCGGUUCAUGGAGGAGAGAUGGAAAGAUUCCUGGAUAUGCAUAUGUAUGUAACCUCAGCACUACAAAAAUCCGACAUGAAAGCAGUUUCCCUCCAGCUUGCUCUAGAUAUACUUCACAGGAAGGAGGAUAGAGAUCUUGUUACAGGGCUUAGAUCUAGAACUAAUGCAGGAAGACCAAACUGGGACAAAGUGUUUACAAAACUACGGAUGGAGAGGAAAGGAGAUAUUACUGUAUUCUACUGCGGAAACCAAACACUGGGCAAAAUUCUGAGAAGCAAAUGUGAACAAUUUGGAUUUAGAUUCAGGAAGGAGGUUUUCUGAACACUUUCCAGUAUAUUGAACACUUUCCAGUAUAUUGAACACUUUCCAGUAUAUUGAACACUUUGCAGUAUAUUGAACACUUUGCAGUAUAUUGAACACUUUCCAGUAUAUUGAACACUUCCCAGUUUAUUGAACACUUUCCAGUAUAUUGAACACUUCCCAGUAUAUUGAACACUUUCCAGUAUAUUGAACACUUCCCAGAUUAUUGAACACUUUCCAGUAUAUUGAACACUUUCCAGUAUAUUGAACACUUCCCAGUAUAUUGAACACUUUGCAGUAUAUUGAAUACUUUCCAGUAUAUUGAACACUUUCCAGUAUAUUGAACACUUUCCAGUAACGUUGAACACUUUCCAGUAUAUUGAACACUUUCCGGUAUAUUGAACACUUUCCAGUAUAUUGAACACUUUCCAGUAUAUUGAACACUUUCCAGUAUAUUGAGUAUUUUCCAGCAUAUUGAACACUUUCCAGUAUAUUUAACACUUUCCAGUAUCCUGAACAUUUUUUAGUAUCCUGAACCUUUUUCAGUACCCAUUAUACUUUUCAGUAUUCUUAACACUUGCCAGUAUUUUUAUCUAUUAUUUAUUGUUUAAUUCCAAGGAAAACUUUAUUCUUUAUUCUUAAAAACGAUAUAAUUCAUUUUAGUAAAACUUUACCUUAUAUUCUGAAAAACUAUACCCUACAACCUGAAAUAUUGUAUCCUGUUCUUAAAAACUGUAUCUCAAAAUUUAGAAAACAGUAUAUUUUAUUUAUGCAUAUACCUAAAAAGUGAUAUCCUGUAUUAUAAACGAUAAUCAAUAUUCUGGUGAUAAUAAAUACUCUCAUAAAAU